AUGUCUGUCGCAAAGAAGUCUAUGCCAUAUGUCCGCCUGGGCAAGUCUGGCCUGAAGGUGUCGAAGAUCAUCCUGGGAUGUAUGUCGUACGGCCACAAGGGCUGGAGAGAAUGGGUCAUUGACGAUCAGGAGGAGGUCAGCAAGCACAUAAAAUACGCCUACGACCACGGCAUCCAGACCUUCGAUACGGCAAAUAUGUACUCGAACGGCUGCUCCGAGGUCAUGCUCGGCAAGGCCAUCAAGGAGCUCGAGCUGCCCCGCGAGGAGCUCGUCAUUCUCACCAAGGUGUGGCAUCCACUCGCGCCAAAAUUCGGCAUGGACGUGACGCUAGCGAGUGCGGCGGACCACGGUAUCAUCAACCAGAAGGGUCUGAACCGCAAGCAUAUCUUCGACUCCAUCAAGAACAGCCUCGAGCGUCUGCAGCUCGACUACGUCGACGUACUCCAGUGCCAUCGUUUCGACUACGAUACACCGAUCGAGGAAACGAUGCAAGCCCUCCACGACGUCGUGCAAGCCGGGUACGCCCGAUACAUCGGCAUGAGCUCGUGCCACGCCUACCAGUUCCACGCCAUGCAGAACUACGCCAUCCAGAACAAGCUCACACCGUUCAUCUCCAUGCAGAACCACCACAGCCUCGUCUACCGCGAGGAAGAGCGCGAGAUGUUCCCCACACUCAAGAUGUUCGGCGUCGGCGCGAUCCCGUGGUCGCCCCUCGGCCGCGGCAUCCUCACCCGCCCGCUCUCCGCGCAGACGAAGCGCGGCGAGACCGACGCGUCAAAGACGUGGGCGGGCACCGCCGACGUCGUCACCCGGGUGGAGGAGCUCGCGGGCAAGAAGGGGGUGAGCAUGGCGCAGGUCGCGCUUGCGUGGAGCUUGGCGAGGGACGACGUGUCGGCGCCGAUCGUGGGCACGACGAGCCUCAAGAACCUCGAGGAGCUCAUCGACGCGCUGGACGUCGAGCUGACUCCGGACGAGAUCAAGUACCUCGAGGAGGCAUACAAGCCGAUCGCAGUGUAUGGCCACUCGUAA